AGAAUGCAAACCACAAAACAAAGUCAAACCAGCUGCAACGAUCAAGAGCGAGGCUUCCUUGUCCAGCUCUCCGCUCAGCCGACACACACAGAUUGACAGAUGGCGUCUAUGUCGCUGAGCUCGUCGAGGGCGCAGUGGACGGCGAAGCAGAACAAGCUGUUCGAGCAGGCGUUGGCGGUGUACGACAGGGACACGCCGGACCGCUGGCACAACAUCGCGCGCGCCGUGGGUGGCAAGUCGGCGGACGAGGUCAGGCGCUACUACGAGCUGCUGGUGAAGGACUUGGAGCACAUCGAGGCCGGCAAGGUGGCCUUCCCCGCGUACAGGUGCCCCGGCGGCUACGACGACGCCGACAGCGACAGGCUGAAGCACCUGACCUGAAGAUCUAGGCGGCAGGCAAGCAUCAUGAGAACCACUGAACAAGUACGUCCUACAUACGUACACUUCGCGCCAUGUGAGUGUAGCACGUGUGGCUACAAAAGAAGCAAGCCAAGCGAGUGGGUCGGACGGAUUAUCUGUUCAAGCACGCAUGUGAAUUAGAAUUACUACUAGCAAUAGCUAUAGGAUGUUGAUCAAUCGAUCUCCGUUCCCCCCGUGUUGCGAUGUAAAAUCUCAGCAUCUGUAGCAUAUAUAUUCUGAGGAGUGAAAUAAAAUACAUUCACUAGUUUGUGGAC